AGUCACGCCUUCAACCGGUGUUCUCUUUGACUUCGAGGUCGUUAACAUUUUGGGCCUUUGAAAGGUUGCGAAAAUCGUUGUAAUGGACGACGACGAUGCAUUCCUGUACGGCGAGCCCAGCUUCCAAGCAGAGGCACCAAAGGCAGAUUUAGCAACAAAUUUUGUGGUACAGGCAAUAUCGUUUGAAGCUGUGAAGGCAGUGUCAAAUGGGGUGGUCAAGGACCUCGAAGCCAAGGCUGAAGAAGAAGAACCGCCCUUUGGUCUGGGUGCUGAUGAGUCCGAAACUGGGGAAGAUAAUGCUGCGGGGGAGGAAGACUCUAGUGAUGAAGAUGACAUUGAGAUCAUCAUGGACCAACCUAUACGGUCUAUAGACAACCGACCAAAUGUUCCUCCUCGAGCUCCUGCUCCAAGCCGUUCCACAGGUGGUCCUCAGUCCACCCCCAACAGACCUCCUCCCACACACUCACAGUUGACAACUGAGUACACACCUCGUGAUAGGAAUGUACCACCUUCAAAAGCACCCCCUGUUCAUUCAGGAGGCACGCCCCAAACACCCUCUGUUCCCCGGGAGUCAGUCUCUGUUGCACCAGAACAGCCCGUGUUUCAUGAAGGUCUGGACCCUUCAACUCUUCCUCCUGCCAUUGCACCACCUUCACAUCCUUCUAUAAAUCCGGAUAUACCUGGCAUCCUUGAUGGCCACUCAAUACUUGAAGUCGACGUCAGCGCAAUGGCAGAAAAACAGUGGCGGCUUCCCGGGGCUGAUAUCAGCGAUUGGUUCAACUAUGGAUUCGAUGAAAUCUCUUGGGAAGCAUAUUGCUACAGAAGACGGGACUUGGGCGAACUCGCAAAUGUCCUCAAGACCAACGUACUCGUACGAUAUAUAGUGACUUGUUUGGUCCAUAGUCCUUACUUUUCUCCUAGAAUUUCGCAGCCAUGCCAGAAGAUCAGCUAAUAGCCUUACCCCCUGAACUCCGUACGAUGGUCAUGACGGGCGCCAACGCCAUGAUGAACACUGCUAGCCAGGGCAUGAUGGGACCAAGCGUCGGGAUGAAUCCCAUGAUGGAAAUGCCCGGUAUGGGACCUAUGAACAUGGGACCGAUGGGCAUGGGCAUGAAUGGCGAUAUGGGUAUGCAGAUGCAACCGGGGGGCCCGUUGAUGCCAGAUGGCCCCGUCCCCGGCCAGGGUCCAGUAGGGCAGAACGGCACGCCGGAGCAGGGUGUGCAGAUGGGCAUGCAGGACGGCUUCGGGCCGGGAAUGAUGGGCAUGGGUGGUGACUUUGGUAUGCAG